AUGGCGGCGUGCGAAGACGCGCGCGAUGGCGCGGCGUGGGACGCGCGUUCGAUCGAACGCUACGCGCGGGGGGGGGUGGCGGCGCGGGCGGUGGUGGGGGCGUACGACGGGCGAGACGGGACGCUGGUGGGAUGGGCGUGCGCGUCGAGCGACGGCGCGACGGUGGCCACGAUCGAUCGGGUGUGCGUGCGACGCGAUCGACGGAGACGAGGGGUCGGCACGGCGUUGGUGGUGCUGUUGGGGAAGGUUUUGUUCGAGCGGGAGAUUUACGACGUGUGCGCGGCGACGCCGAGGGCGCUGGGAGAGACGCUCUUCUCGGACGCCGGUUUCGAGGACGACGCGUCGGUGUACAUGCGGUACCGGGGGGAGAUGUUGGACGAAUGA